AUGAUUGUUGUCGAAGAUGACAGUAUUAGUGAAGAGGUGGUUUCUAUGAAUUUAGCGCCUGUUAAAAGGCUGGAUGAGAAAGAUGAUAGUUGUGAAUUGGAUGAUAAUGGACUGGCUGAGUCGACUGGAAUUGCUCAUAGAGUGUUUUCAGCAACUCAUCGUGGUCAGUCGUUUUCAAUGGGUGGUGGUAAACCAUUACCACCUUUGCCAGCUCUGUCUAAGGAAGCAUACAGAGUAGACUAUGAAGGACCAGAUGAUCCAUAUCAUCCUUAUAACUGGCCGUCGAGAAGAAAACUCGUUACGUACAUUUGUCUUGUUUAUACGUCUUUAUGUGUGACUAUGGGCUCUGCGGUAUACUCACCAGCAUCAGAAGUCAUUGCGAAGAAGUAUAAUGUAGGCUCGGUGGUGACGAUUCUCGGCACGUCUGUUUAUAUUCUGGGAUUUGCGUCGGGGCCUGUAGUAUGGGGUCCUAUUUCGGAAAAUAAGUUCGGUCGUAAGAGUCCGAGUAUUGUGUCGAUAUUUCUAUUCACAAUAUUCAGUUUUGGGGCUGCUGUGUCAAAAGAUUUACAAACACUUAUUAUCUGCCGGUUUUUUGCUGGUCUCACAGGGUCAGCGCCCUGGGCAGUUGUAGUGGCAUCGUUUUCCGAUUUGUAUGAUAAUUCACAUCGAGGAAAACCUAUUAUUGUGUUUAUGUUUGUGACGUUUAUGGGACCGCUGGUGGGGCCAAUUGUAGGGGCAUUUCUGACCAACUCCAAUCUUGGAUGGAGAUGGACCCAGUAUAUUUCAGGAAUUAUGGGAGCAGUAGCACUUAUCGUGGAUAUUCUGUUUGUGGAAGAGACAUAUCAUCCAUUGUUACUGGCAUAUAAGGCCAAAGCACUGCGAAAAGCCACUGGCAACUGGGCUAUCUACGCAGCUCAUGAAGAGAAAGAAAUCAAUCUCAACGACAUUGUAACCAAGACCGUUGCUAGACCUAUAGUCAUGCUUUUCACCGAGCCCAUCCUUCUGCUCAUCAGCGUGUACACUGCAUUUAUCUAUGGCAUUUUAUAUCUGUUCCUUGAAGCAUAUCCUAUUGUAUUUGCAGGAUACGGACUGACUGGCGGAGUAGAACAGCUGCCAUACUUUGCAUUAGUCAUUGGACUGGGAAUAGCCAGUCUGUCGAUAGCAUAUAUUCUGGACCCUCAAUACCGGAAAAAACUACUUGCCAAUGGCGGUAAACCGGUUCCUGAAGCGAGACUUCCUGCCAUGAUCUAUGGCGGCAUUGCGUUUCCUAUUGGCAUUUUCUGGUUCACCUGGACUGGAAACUAUCCCCAACACAUCCACUGGAUCGUGCCCACUCUAUCUGGCAUGUUUACUGGAUACAGUCUUCUAGCAAUAUUCCAGCCAGCCAUCAGCUACCUCGUCGAAGCAUACCCUACCUAUGCCGCCAGUGCUCUCGCAGCCGCUACAUUUGUGCGCUCCUCUUUCGGAGCCACCUUCCCACUCUUCGCCGGAGCCAUGUUCCACAACCUGGGAAUCAACUGGGCCGGCACCGUCAUCGGCUGUCUCGGGCUAAUCAUGGUCCCGGUCCCGAUCCUCUUCCUGCGAUACGGCCAGCAAAUCCGCGCCCGCUCGAAGUUCGGUGUCUGA